GGUGCCUGGAUCAUUCGUUGGUGUUUGUGUGAGUAACUAUGGAGUCUAGUUUCCACUUCUUUAUCACUCAACUCGUCUCUAAUAUCGGAGCACAGGAAGGAUGGGAGAUGUAGCUGAGAUCCAGAUCACACCAGAAACUCCAGCGAAAGCCACCAUCCGGAACCCGUUUGAGAGUCCCACCGACUACCAUCGCCUGCACGAGCCUGUGGUGCACAGUCCGUCUGAGUUUAGGUGCUCUCGUGCCUCUUCCGCUACACCGGCAAAGUUCAAAUGGUCCAUCGACGAAAUGGCAAACCUCCUCCCAGUGCACAUAGACCCCGAGGAUAUUCACCGCCAGGCGUUAUUUAUGAGCCAGAACAGGACGGACACUGAAAUCGAGCAAAAGCGACAGAACGCAAUUGAAAAAUUUUUUACUAAAGGUGCUAUAGUUCCGUCGCCGUGGGGACCGCCGGGGGCGAGUAAACAGUCAACGCUGCUGAACCACGUGAAAAGUUUGUCGUCACCAGUCAUAACAGAGGAAAAUCUAUCACCAAAGAAAAUCGAUGCGAUCUGUCAGACCGCUCUGUCUUUACCUAAGGACUUCGAUAUGGAAAAAGUAUUAGGUGAUUACUACAGGCCGGACGAUGUCUCGGAGCAGGUGCAGGAGAGCCUCAGCUCCUCUUCACUGAGGCGGAAGCUUUUCCUGGACGGCCAUGUCAGCGGCUCGGAUUCGUCCAGCCCUCCCAGCCCGGAGAGAGAGGCUCAGGGUGGAAGCAGAGAGAUGAUGUCUUCGGUCAUCGCAUCACCCAUGAAGUGUGGGAACACGGAGGCCACUCCUUCAUCUGGUCAGUUCUCAUCCAGUCCUAUCCAGGAACGAGGUCGUGCUUAUAGUCUGGGCAGCAUGACCAGUCCCAUGUUUCCUGAACUUUCAUCUCCUACAUUUCAGUCCCCCACGGUGUCCCCUAUCGUCCUGCAGCACUCGCUUACACCACAUUCAGGUGAGAGGAAGCGAUUGUCCUUCCUAUCCCCAGACAAUCUUCCUUCCUGUAGCCAGAACAUGGCAGUAAACCGGUGUGGCGAGAGCCCGUACGUAGAGGGCUGUUCUCCCAUUCGCAGCUGCUCGCCUUUCCACCCUCACCACAGCAGCAGAUCCUCCUUCAACCUCCAGGACAAUGAGGACAUCUUCCUCAGUGAGCCUUUACCCGCUAUGGAGCUGGACUCCUGCUCCCUCGGGGUCCGGGCUGAGCAUGGCGAGAGUCAGGCGUCCCUGCCGGACGUGGAGAGGAUGGAGCAGAGCAAGCCGAGUGAGGAAGAACUGGAACGGCCUUCUCCUCUCUCAUUUCCUGAAGAAGAAGAAGGAGAAGGAGAGGUGGAAGAGGCGACGAGAGGAGAGGAGUUCUGUCGACUGGGCAGCUCGAGGACAGGGAGCGCGUCCAACGCCGAGAGCACCCGCAUGUUCGUGUCGCUGCUCGAUGAGAGGAGCAUGGCACCGUAUGAUGCUAGCAUGCAGGUGGACAGCGGUUAUAACACGUACUCGACAUACACCGCCAGCCAAAUGGACAGCGUCAGUACAGACAGCCAGAGCAAGGAGCUGCAGGACACACACACGGUCGAGGAGGGACUCGCUCACUCUAAACACACUAAGUCGAAGCUGUUAUCAUCCCACUGAACACGAGGGACGGAUCAGGGACUCCACGUCUUUCCUCAACCGCUGGAAGCUCAGAAUAAAAACCGUUUACAUGGUGCUUUUGUACUCGAUACCAUGCUGUUAUACAGUGAAUUGUUUUGCACAGGUACCUUUAAUCUUCUACAUCACGACAUAAAAAAUGUUAUGGAACGUUAACUUUACCUCAAGGAGUUCUGUCAGGAACUGAGAAAACUUGACUUUAAAUUGUGAUAGAUGGAUAUAUAUACGCUAACUCUUAUUUAAUCGUCAGAACAAAUAAAUACGUAUCUGUACUAGCAUUAAUUGGUUUAUUUUUUUAAUCGAUAUGGAUUUUGUUUUCCUUUUUUUUGUUGCAAUUUUUGUAUGCUCUUAGUUAUUUAUGAAUUCCUAAUCAGAACCACUAAAGUGCAUAUGAGCAAUAAUCGGUGUAUUUAAUGUUGCUGUGCGCAGCGUUAAUCCUGUGUCUUUCUGCUAAAUUGCAAUAAAAGA